AAGUGGGCGGGGAAAGGCGCGAGAGCGAGCGCGAGAGGGAAAAGGAGGGAGGGGGUGGGGAAGAGGGAAUCUUAUAUCACGUGACAGGGGCGGCGCGGCCCGGGGUGUCAGUGUGGAGGAGACUGAGGUAAAGUUGGGAGCGCAGCGGCGUUGGCGGCGGCGGCGGCGGCAGCGGCAGCGCGGCGGGGCCGGUAUUCUACCUUGUAAAUACUGUUAUUUGUAUAUACUGUAAAUGAUGACGUCGGUGGGCACUAACCGAGCCCGGGGAAACUGGGAACAACCUCAAAACCAAAACCAGACACAGCACAAGCAGCGGCCACAGGCCACUGCAGAACAAAUUAGACUUGCACAGAUGAUUUCGGACCAUAAUGAUGCUGACUUUGAGGAGAAGGUGAAACAAUUGAUUGAUAUUACAGGCAAGAACCAGGAUGAAUGUGUGAUUGCUUUGCAUGACUGCAAUGGAGAUGUCAACAGAGCUAUCAAUGUUCUUCUGGAAGGAAACCCAGACACGCAUUCCUGGGAGAUGGUCGGGAAGAAGAAGGGAGUCUCAGGCCAGAAGGAUGGUGGCCAGACGGAACCCAAUGAGGAAGGCAAAGAAAAUCGAGACCGGGACAGAGACUAUAGUCGGCGACGUGGUGGGCCACCAAGACGGGGGAGAGGUGCCAGCCGUGGACGAGAGUGUAUGCAUGGGGCUUUAUCAAAACCAGCUGUGGUUCGAGGUCAGGAAAAUGGAUUGGAUGGCACCAAGAGUGGAGGGCCUUCUGGAAGAGGAACAGAAAGAGGCAGAAGGGGCCGUGGCCGAGGCAGAGGUGGCUCUGGUAGGCGAGGAGGAAGGUUUUCUGCUCAAGGAAUGGGAACCUUUAACCCAGCCGAUUAUGCAGAGCCAGCCAAUACUGAUGAUAACUAUGGCAAUAGUAGCGGCAAUACGUGGAACAACACUGGCCACUUUGAACCAGAUGAUGGGACGAGUGCAUGGAGGACUGCAACAGAGGAGUGGGGGACUGAAGAUUGGAAUGAAGAUCUUUCUGAGACCAAGAUCUUCACUGCUUCUAACGUAUCUUCAGUGCCUCUGCCUGCGGAGAAUGUGACAAUCACUGCUGGUCAGAGAAUUGACCUUGCUGUUCUGCUGGGGAAGACACCAUCUACAAUGGAGAAUGAUUCAUCUAAUCUGGAUCCGUCUCAGGCUCCUUCUCUGGCCCAGCCUCUGGUGUUCAGUAAUUCGAAGCAGACUGCCAUAUCACAGCCUGCUUCAGGGAACACAUUUUCUCAUCACAGUAUGGUGAGCAUGUUAGGGAAAGGAUUUGGUGAUGUCGGUGAAGCUAAAGGCGGCAGUACUACGGGCUCCCAGUUCUUGGAGCAAUUCAAGACUGCCCAAGCCCUGGCUCAGUUGGCAGCUCAGCAUUCUCAGUCUGGAAGCACCACCACCUCCUCUUGGGACAUGGGCUCGACGACACAAUCCCCAUCACUGGUGCAGUAUGAUUUGAAGAACCCAAGUGAUUCAACAGUGCACAGCCCCUUUACAAAGCGCCAGGCUUUUACCCCAUCUUCAACCAUGAUGGAGGUGUUCCUUCAGGAGAAGUCACCUGCAGUGGCUACCUCCACAGCUGCACCUCCACCUCCGUCUUCUCCUCUGCCAAGCAAAUCCACGUCGGCUCCACAGAUGUCGCCUGGAUCUUCAGACAACCAGUCCUCUAGCCCUCAGCCGGCUCAGCAGAAACUGAAACAGCAGAAGAAAAAAGCCUCCUUGACUUCUAAGAUUCCUGCUCUGGCUGUGGAGAUGCCUGGCUCAGCAGAUAUCUCAGGGCUAAACCUGCAGUUUGGGGCAUUGCAGUUUGGGUCAGAGCCUGUCCUUUCUGAUUAUGAGUCCACCCCCACCACGAGCGCCUCUUCAAGCCAGGCUCCGAGUAGCCUGUAUACCAGCACGGCCAGUGAAUCAUCCUCUACAAUUUCAUCUAACCAGAGUCAGGAGUCUGGUUAUCAGAGCGGCCCAAUUCAGUCGACAACUUAUACCUCCCAAAAUAAUGCUCAGGGCCCUCUUUAUGAACAGAGAUCCACACAGACUCGGCGGUACCCCAGCUCCAUCUCUUCAUCACCCCAAAAGGACCUGACUCAGGCAAAGAAUGGCUUCAGUUCUGUGCAGGCCACGCAGUUACAGACCACACAAUCUGUUGAAGGUGCUACAGGCUCUGCAGUGAAAUCUGAUUCACCUUCCACUUCUAGCAUCCCCCCUCUCAAUGAAACGGUAUCUGCAGCUUCCUUACUGACGACAACCAAUCAGCAUUCAUCCUCCUUGGGUGGCUUGAGCCACAGUGAGGAGAUUCCAAAUACUACCACCACACAACACAGCAGCACGUUAUCUACGCAGCAGAAUACCCUUUCAUCAUCAACAUCUUCUGGGCGCACUUCGACAUCCACUCUUUUGCACACAAGUGUGGAGAGUGAGGCGAAUCUCCAUUCUUCCUCCAGCACUUUUUCCACCACAUCCAGCACAGUCUCUGCACCUCCCCCAGUGGUCAGUGUCUCCUCCAGUCUCAAUAGUGGCAGUAGCCUGGGCCUCAGCCUAGGCAGCAACUCCACUGUCACAGCCUCGACUCGAAGCUCAGUUGCUACGACUUCAGGAAAAGCUCCUCCCAACCUCCCUCCUGGGGUCCCGCCGUUGUUGCCUAAUCCGUAUAUUAUGGCUCCAGGGCUGUUACAUGCCUACCCGCCACAAGUAUAUGGUUAUGAUGACUUGCAGAUGCUUCAGACAAGAUUUCCAUUGGAUUACUACAGCAUCCCAUUUCCCACACCCACUACUCCGCUGACUGGGAGGGAUGGUAGCUUGGCCAGCAACCCUUAUUCUGGUGACCUCACAAAGUUCGGCCGUGGGGAUGCCUCCUCCCCAGCCCCGGCCACAACCUUGGCCCAACCCCAACAGAACCAGACGCAGACUCACCAUACCACGCAGCAGACAUUCCUGAACCCGGCGCUGCCUCCUGGCUACAGUUACACCAGCCUGCCAUACUAUACAGGGGUCCCGGGCCUCCCCAGCACCUUCCAGUACGGGCCUGCUGUGUUCCCUGUGGCUCCUACCUCUUCCAAGCAGCAUGGUGUGAAUGUCAGUGUGAAUGCAUCGGCCACCCCUUUCCAACAGCCGAGUGGAUAUGGGUCUCAUGGAUACAACACUGGUGUUUCAGUCACCUCCAGUAACACGGGCGUGCCAGAUAUCUCGGGUUCUGUGUACUCCAAAACCCAGCAGUCCUUUGAGAAACAAGGUUUUCAUUCCGGUACUCCUGCUGCUUCCUUCAACUUGCCUUCAGCCCUAGGAAGUGGGGGCCCCAUCAAUCCGGCCACAGCUGCUGCCUACCCACCUGCCCCCUUUAUGCACAUUCUGACCCCCCAUCAGCAGCCGCAUUCUCAGAUCCUUCACCAUCACCUGCAGCAGGAUGGCCAGCUACCAUAUUUGCAGAUGAUUCUCUGUUGCCAGCGCCAGCAGGAGGAGCAGACGGGCAGCGGGCAACGUAGCCAGACCAGCUCCAUCCCGCAGAAGCCCCAGACCAACAAGUCUGCCUACAACAGCUACAGCUGGGGGGCCAACUGAGGCCCUGACCCUCUUCUCCCGGUCCCAUCUUCUGAGAGGGCUUCUCAGCCUGGAAACUAUGGAAACAGCAUCAAAGAGAAAGGAAUGUGGGGGGUUUCCGCUGCCCCCCACCCCCAGCGGCCCACCCCAUGCCUCAGCUUCAUGUCUGUCCCAUUCCUAUACCAUCCCCACCCUGUUGUAUGUAUUAUAGGAUUUGUAUUUUCUCCUUUUUUUUCCCCCUUCCAUUCCUUCUCCCCUCUUGCAUUCAAGAUUAUGAAACUUUGCUAUGGGCCCUGCACUUCCUUUGCUUCUUCCUGUUCACCCUGGUGGUGUACGGAUGAGGUGGGGAGGUGGGACCCCCAAAUAUAUAUCAGCCCAACAGCCCUAAGUCUCCUCCUUUAUUAUUAGGAAAACAACAACAACAAACAAAAAAAUGGCGUCAUGAAUAUGAACAGCAUUGUCAGAUGAAUUAGUUGAAGUGGUUUUUUUUUUUUUUUUGUACUGUGUCCUCAAAUUUAAUGGAUUAAUGUGUCUUGUAUAUAUAAAAAGAAAACCUCUACCUUCA